AUGGGACCCGCCCCAUCCUUCGACAGCAUCCCCUCCGCGGAAAUCAUAAGACACCUAGGCAAGACCGUCGUGGAAGUGCACCUCAACACCGCGGUCAACUACCUCCGACAUCUAGACAACGAGGAAGAGAAAUUCAACGAGGUCCUGCGCGACGCCACCAAGAUAAGGAUCCAGAAAGUCAACGCUAUGAUACGUGAAGAGGCCGUUGAAGAGAUUGCGAGGUGUAAGAAGGAAUGCGAAGGCAAGGAAGUUGGUCUUCGGCACUGGACACGUCGGCACUGGAGUGACCACGAAAUGGAGGAGGUCAUAGUGGAGGUUAUGAGGCGGCAUGGCGCGAUGGAUUGA